UGAUGUGUGUCCCCGGGGACAUUUGAUGGAUUAAAGCUAAGCAGCUCCAUUUCGUAGCACCACCUGAUCUUCCACUGCCUGUGCCCCAUAUAAAGGCUGGCGUGAUUGCUGAUCUCAGCUAGUCUGACAGUGUCUCUCUCUCUCUCCUCUCUCUCUCUCUCUCUCUCUCUCUCUCUCUCCCUCCUCUCCCUGUCUGUCUCCAUCUCUUCUCUUCCUCACUGCUCCCUUAAGCCUGCUGCAUCACAGGAGCUAUCCAGUGCUGAACAGGAUUGCUUUCAUUUUUUAAUUUUUUUUUUAUUUUUCUCGGGAGAGCUAGGGGAGCCAGAGUGCGCCGCGCAGCAGUGCCGUCCGCCUCGUUACCGCUGGUUUAUCGACAAUUUUUUUUUUUUUUUUUGGGUUGAAAUUUUAUGUUUUUGGCCGGUGUCUCCCCCCCACGCUACCGCAAGGAUUACCUUUAAGCCAGCUCUGAUCGGGUGCUUUCUCAGACGGUCCCACGUUUUUUCUCAUGCAUUGUUUUUCUCAACUCGCUGCGUUUUUACCCAUUGAAACAUGCCCCGCUCAUUUUUGGUGAAGAAAAUCAAGCUAGAUGACUUCUCCACCUCCAACCACCACCAUCUGGACGACUCCUUCACUUUUGCGCGCUCCAUCACAGACUCGGUGACCAGCCUCGGCGUCCGCCUCAGUGAGAAUGGCUACAUCCAGGACUACAUCACGCCGUCCGUAUACGAGGCGGAGAAAAAGAUGGAACACAAGUUGGCCUCGCCGGUGUCCGACCCCCUCUACACCCAGGUGAGCAGCGGAGGGGAGUACUGCGACCCGGACCUGAAGCACCCCGACAGCCCCCAGUCGGGCAUGACGGCCAGAGGCUACUACAGCGGUGAAUCGGACGCACUGGCAGAAGGUUACACCAUGGAUGCCUUCUUCAUCUCCGACGGGCGCUCGAGGCGGAAGGGAGACUGCGAGAGCGGGGGCGAGGGUUCCAGAAGCAGCAGCGCCAACGCGGGGGCUCAGGAGAGGGUCGCGGGCGGCGCUCGCCACACCUGCAACGAGUGCGGCAAGACGUACGCCACCUCCUCCAACCUCAGCAGACACAAGCAGACGCACCGAAGCCUGGACAGCAAGAUGGCCCGCAAGUGUCCCACCUGUAACAAAGUCUACGUGUCCAUGCCGGCGCUGGCCAUGCACAUCCUCACCCACGACCUCAAGCACAAAUGUGACGUGUGCAGCAAGGCGUUCAGCCGGCCGUGGCUCCUUCAAGGUCACAUGCGCUCGCACACGGGGGAAAAACCCUUCGCCUGUGCCCACUGCGGCAAGGCCUUCGCUGACCGUUCAAAUCUUCGCGCCCACAUGCAAACACACUCUGCCUUCAAGCACUACAGAUGCAAGCGCUGCAAUAAGACCUUCGCUCUCAAGUCCUACCUGAACAAGCACUAUGAGUCAGCGUGCUUCAAAGGCUCUGCAGAUGAAAAUGACUCUGGAUCAGAAGACUAAGGAUGAAGGAGAAAACCCCCCGAUGCCGUAGGUACACCUCCAGUAACCCC